UCUUCGUAUUUCUUCUUUAUCUUCCUUACUUUUCUAACCUAAAAUAAAGGAAAUCUGAAUUAGUAAAAACAAAAAUGAGCUGCAACGGUUGCCGGGUUCUUCGAAAAGGCUGCAGUGAUAACUGCAUACUCAGACAAUCUCUUCAAGGAAUCGAUACACCUCAAGCUCAGGCAAACGCCACUGUCUUUGUCGCCAAAUUCUUUGGACGCGCCGGUCUUGUUUCAUUUCUCUCAGCCGUCCCCGAUUCCCAACGCCCUGCUUUGUUUCAGUCACUGUUAUUUGAAGCUUGUGGUCGGACUGUAAAUCCGGUGAACGGAGCUGUGGGUUUACUAUGGACGGGUAAUUGGCAGUUGUGUCAGUCGGCUGUUGAGACAGUUCUAGCUGGUGGUUCAUUACAGCCGAUGUCAGAAUUCUUAGGAAAUGGUUUGUCAAACGAAGGAUCGGAAAUUGAUCUGUUCAGAUCUGCUACCGAUUUAUUCGAUGCAUCGAAACAACCCACAAUCGCCGCCGAUCUCGAUCUCCGUUUAACUCAGAGCUUUCCCACUGUAAAGACAGGGGAGAAGAAGAAGAGGAGAGCAGAGACACCCUCUAUGAAUUCAGAGGAAUCGGAAACGACCACGUUUGAGAGUGGGACGGCGGCGGCGGGGUAUCAACAAGGAGAUCGGGAAACAAAACUGCUUAGACUGUUCUUCUAGAUGAUAUGAGAUGAUGAUGAUGAUGAUGGGUCUUUUUUGUUUUUGUUAUUAUUAUUGUUGUUGUUUUGUAUAAUUCAGGCCGGUUUUUGUGGUAGUUUUCCGGUCACCGGAAAUAUGUUCGAAGAUGAAGAAGAAGAGGAUAACUUGAUCUGUAAUGUAUAUACAUAUAUGGUCGUAUGUGUGUGUAUAUGAAUAGAGAUGAUAGUUAUCCUCUUUUUACUUUUGGGUCUUUUCAAAAACAUAAAUAUUGCAAUAUCGAUCACUUUGCCC